GGGGACACGUUUGUGGAUUAGCACAGUCUUUCAGCACUAAAUACCAUUUAAAAGCACCACAUGAGCUUGUUUUCUCCCACUGCUGUUUGACAAGCUACAUGUCAUUUAACAUAUCGGGAGAAAAGCGCUGCAGCCGAAAGGGGGGACAGAGGACGCUGAGCCAUUGGGGUUUUUACAACCUGCCAGUGUUGGUCCCCCUUGAUCAUGAGUGAGGCCUUACACACCUUUUGCAGACAUGAAAAGGUCUGGCAGGAGCUUGGUGACAGCUGCAUCCUCUGCCCAAAUAACAACCUACAGUCCUAGCACUGGCUCUUAAAUCUUAAAGUUUUCUUAAAGCAAGUGAAGUUUGUCAGAAUAACUCAGCUUGUUUCCCAAAAAGUUUGUUGAAUUGUGUCAUUUUUAGGAUGGAUGAACUCCUCAAACAGGAGAAAAAACUGCAUUGGACACAAGUAGCAACAUGAUUUUUAAUAUAUGAAGUGAUAAUAAAUGAUUUUUUUGCUUUUAUUGACAGGCAGCACAGUGCUGUGUGUGUUUGUAUGUGUUUGACUAUGUGACUUCCAGACUGGAGACACACGCAGGCCUGACUUUGCCAGAGUGGUGUGAAGCUCUCAGGUGAAACAGCAUCCCCUCAGUCCUUCAUUAGACAAAUCACAUCAAACUGAGAAUUGUCGUCGUUCAGACUUUAAAGAGUAAUCUCCCACAAAAGGAAUCUAAUUAUUUUUCUUUCCAUCACAUUAUCCGUCUAUUUAGCCUUAUUCACACCCGAGUGAUAACGAACGACGUCCUUCGGGAAGGUCGCAUUUUGGCACUUGAGGUUUUCUUUGAACUCUCGCCUGAGCUGUGAACCCAUAAACCCUCCGGAGAUCUGCUUCUGUAUAAAAACGCUUUGGCAAAAUCACCUUCAACAAGAAUCUGUCAUUGCCAUCUUGCGCUGCGUGGAACUUCUUGGUCGUCCCGGGGGAUAUUGUUUCUAACAUGGACCUGGAGGUAGCGAAAAUACUGUCCGAGUGGGACAUCCAGAAGAGUUCAUUUGGAGAAGAGGACCAGGACUCGCUCCAGUCCACCUCACCGGAGUCCUCGAUGUGCUCCUCGCCGGAAAUGUGCUACUCCAGCGGGCACCAGGAGAUCGGUGAUUACUCCUUCGGCUUCUCGGGACGCAGGGCGACUCCGGCGGCGCAGAGGCUGAGCAAGCCCAAGAUGUCCACCAAAAGACGCAUGAAGGCCAGCGAGAGGGAGAAGAUGCGCAUGAGGAGUCUCGCAGAGGCUUUGCACCAGCUCCGCGACUACCUGCCGCCGGACUACAGCAAGAGAGGACAACCCAUGACCAAGAUACAAACCCUGAAGUACACAAUUGAAUACAUCAACAAGCUUUCAGACAUCCUGGGCCGCGCGUAACGGACCCAAAUGGACCACUGUUUUUACGCAUCGGGUUUACGCUCAUUUGAUGGAGUUAGUUUUAUAUCUCUGAUGAGUAAUGCAACAUCUUUAAGAUAACUUAAUCGUUUUCAUUUCUUAUUUUUCCUUCACUUGUUUUUUUUUGGUUUUG